GGUCUAUCUAUAUAAGAUAAUUCAGAAUCCAAGCUUUGUGCUGUCUCAUUUCCUCACUCUACAAUUAUUUACUAACUUCUCUGUCCUGCAUUAAAUCACAUACCAUAAUACUUGACAUAGCAAAACCAGAAGAGUCUUGGCUAGGCCUAAUUAAGAGUUCAGAUUCAUCUUCAAGUUUGAGCUGAGCAGAUUCAUCAUCAUAAUCAUGGAUGGAAGACAAGGGAGUGAAAUGCAGCCUUAUGUUGAGGCACCACCAAAAGUGGCGGAAACAAAUCGUUAUUCACAUAGAUCAAUUGAGACACUUAUAGUGGUCAUAGCAGUGAUUACUAUAGUAGGUGUAAUUGCAGGAAUGAUAGCAAGGUUGUGUGGUGGAAGACACUUUGGAGGCAAUGGUGAGAAUGAUAUAGAAGGUUGGGUUGAAAAGAAGUGUAGAAGUUGUAUUGAUGGAGGACUUCCUUCACCACCACCACCACCACUGGCACCGGAAGCACCUAAACCUGAAGAACCAAAGGCAGAACCAAAGCCAGAAGCUGCAGCAACAGGAGGAGAUGUGAGUAAAUGAAAAAGGGAUCAGAAUCAAGCACCGACUCUGACACUUCUGAUUGAAGGCAUGUGACAAAGACUCAUAUGGUUACAUUAAAUUUUUCUAUUUUCUUAAAUUAUUACAUGUGUCGAUGCGCCAUGUCCAAUGUCCUUGUUUGUAUGAGUGUUUCAUAUUAGAUGCAUUAUUCUAUUGAAACACAAACAUUAUUUAUAAAUUAGUAAGUAUAGAACUUGAUGAAUGGUUUAUUUUGACUAUUGUUAGUGAAUGCUAAGUGAUAAAAAAAAGUUUACACAGCUUUUAAGUGAUAUACUAUAGAGUAUCAAUAUGUGAUAGUUGUAGAACCUAAGC